CAAGCAGCAACAAAAUCCAACACCAUACCACCACUCUUCAAAGAAAUUUAAAAAAAUCAAAAAAAAUCAAAAAAAAUCGAGGCAUUCGACUCUCAAAAUUGCCCAUUAAAACUUUGAUCAUCCAUCACCUCAACCUUCACCACAUCACAUUACCAACAACUCAACAAUGGCAAAAGCGACAUCACCACCCGAUUCUCCACUUUCAUCCAUGGAUGAAUCCGACGCGUUCAAUGAGGAUGGCAACGACACUCCAGACCCUAUGCCGCCCGCGAAACGACAGAAACUCCAGCUAGAUGUAUCGACCGCUUCCUCAGCUGUCGCCGGUCCAGACCACAACGAUCCAGCACUGGAAGGGCUAUCUCCCGUGUCUUCCGAUACCUCUGGUGACAUACCCAGUUCUCCAGCACAUCACCCACACCACCCGCACCACCUACGCCACGGCGAUACCGACGAUGAUCUCCACGAACAGGUGUCAGUUUGCGCCUGGGGAGACUGUGAUGCAGGUGAUCUUGGCAACAUGGAUCGGCUGGUAGAGCACAUCCACAGCGAUCACAUCGAGGGCAAGCAGAAGAACAAUUAUAUUUGCGAGUGGAAGGGUUGCGGCAGGAACCGCCAAUUGCAUGCGAGCGGUUACGCAUUGAAGGCCCAUAUGAGAAGCCAUACAAGAGAGAAGCCCUUCUACUGCUACCUACCCGAAUGCGACCGCUCUUUUACCCGAUCGGAUGCCCUGGCGAAACACAUGAGGACCGUCCACGAAACCGAGGCCUUGCGGCCCUCUGACCCAAUACCAAAGGCAAUGCAAGCUCAAACAGCUGCUGGCACAUCUACCAAGUCCGGCAAGCCGCUUACGAUCGUGAUCAAGACGCCAAGGUCGCAUGCGGCAGGUGCUAGAGACUCGGUUCUCGACCGCGAUGGCGCAUCUCCUGGCUCUGAAAACAGCUUCCAGUUCACCGAACUGACUUCGGAGCAGGGCUUCUCCCCCAAGGAGCUCGCGAUGCCACUCCCUAAGCUUCACAAUCUCCUACGCUGUACGCUUAAGUGGACCGAGGAGGAGCAGCAGGAACUGCAGCGCGAGAUUGAGGCCGCCGAGACGGCGUAUAAGAACGCUUGGCUCGAGAAGGAGGUGCUUCUGCACCAGGUCAUCCAAAACGAGAUCAACUGGCACGAGCGCCGACAGGCCGUACUGAGUGGUGUGGCCGACGUGCAAGCAAAGCCUGUGGCUCUGAAUGGCACCGCUGCCGCCGCCACCAACACUGAUGAUGCUGCUGCUGCUGACGAUGCUGAUUCUGUUGGGGGACUAACAGAAGAGGAGAUGGAGACAACCAUGCAAGACUAGGCGUCGUGCGGGCCGCUCCGUGUCGAGAAUUCCCAGAGCCUUCAAGCUGUCAACUUUCGUGCAGUCGUGGGUCCAUCUGAACCCCCUCCCGGCAGAAUGCGUCUACGUCCCCUUGCCCCUGCCAGAGCUUGGGGUUACACAGAUAUGGGUUGGGCAGAGACGACUGCAGCGAACCGUCGUUGAACACUGUUUUCUGUGGCUCUUUAAAACCGCAUCGAUUCGACCGCAUCAAACCCAGUGACCGGGCAGUUUCCCCAUCUUGAUUGGGGCAGCGUUGAAGUUGAAAACAAAAGAGACUUGUAAAAUAGGGUACUGUUCUUUUUUCAUAUGUAUUCGAGCAAGGCGUUUAGGGGAAUUUUUUUUCUUCACAAAGGCUAG